UAACAACUCAAGGUCGUUGGAACGAAAGAGCGGAAAGGUCCAAAGGCAUAUUAUAUUACUUCUGUGCAAAGUCUAAUUUAAAACAGUAAAUCUUGAGUAUGACUGAGUCGACUGUUGGCUCAACCGGUAGUCUCUGUGAAACACCGAUUCAAUGGCCAAUGACGAAGGCCUCCUAUGAAUUCGGAAAGUCUAUUGGUCAGGGUGCUACUUCUACUGUGUUUGAAGCUCUUUGUCCCUCGAAUGGAAAGAAAUGUGCUAUCAAAAUUAUAAAUCUUGAAAAAUGCAGCACAUCCGCAUCGUUAGAAGAAAUAAACAGAGAAAUAAAAUCCAUGAAGAACAUGAAAAACGAGAAUAUAGUAGCAUACUAUGCCUCUUUCGUUGCCCAGACAGAACUGUGCAUAAUCAUGGAUCUAUGUCAAAGAGGAUCAUUGUUGGAUGUUAUCAAGUAUACACAAAAUAAACGAGAUAUCACUUAUGGUGUAUUCGAUGAAAAUACAAUUGCUACCAUUCUUCGUGAUGUCCUACGUGGAUUGGCGUAUAUUCAUGAAAAUGGUUUGGUUCAUCGCGAUCUAAAAUGUGGUAAUUUAUUAGUCAAAGAUGAUGGAAUCAUUCAAAUAGCAGAUUUUGGAGUUGCUGGAUUUUUAGCUACUCAACCGCUUACUGCAACUGGUAGUGUUGAUUUAAGACGGUAUACAUUUGUUGGUACACCUUGUUGGAUGGCUCCGGAAGUUAUGCAACAAGCUCGUGGUUACAAUCAAAAAGCAGAUAUAUGGUCAUUAGGUAUUACAACUAUUGAAAUGGCAACUGGUCAAGCUCCUUAUGCAAAAUUUGCACCAAUGAAGGUAUUAAUGCUUACAUUACAAAAUGAUUCACCGGAUAUUGACAGUGUUGCAACAGUUAACAAUCAAUAUUUAAAUUAUGGACACAAAUUUCGUAAAUUCACCAAAGCUUGCCUUAUGAAAGAUCCAGGUCAACGUUUAUCCGCUCGUGAAUUACUUAGUCAUACUUAUAUCAAAUCCAAAGCGAAGGAUCGAGAAUUACUUUGUCGAGUUUUGCUUGGUGGUGAGAUGCCACCUCCUAUUUCUCGUAUCAAUAAGCACCCGGAUGAUCGAUCAGAAAAGCGUGAUCCUAAGAAUAACAGUACAGAAUGGAAUUUCGAUACAGUGGGACGUGUAUCUAAUAGUGGUGUUGAUAGUGAUGAUGACAGUGAUGAGAAUGACUAUAAGGUUACUUCAUAUACUGAUCGUUCUGGUAGUGUACUCCAACCUUGUAAUUCAUCUAGUGGAUUUGAUUUUCCAUCAGAAUUAUUAACUCAAACAAAUGCAACUGCUGUAAUCGGUUCAUCUGCGUCUAAUCAAGUAAGUAAUGCACGUGCAACGGGAGCAACGAUGGCAAUGCCAACAGCACUACCAGUUGUUGAUGAAACUGUUGGUGGUAUUAGUCCACGAAGUAAUAUACCACAUUUAGAUAGGACAGACAACUAUAAUAUUGCGGUGUCUGGGUCAUCAUCAUCGUCAUUUCCACCUGCUCCAGCGUGUACACCUGCCUCUCCAGAGACAUCUAAUUCGAUUAGUGCUAUGGCAGCAGCGUUCUCGAGCACUUUGACAACUGAGGAUUCUGAUAAUCAACAACAACAAUCUCAAACAAAUGAUCCUUCAUGCGGCAGUGGUUUAUGCUAUCGAAUAACAUUGCGUAAACGUAAUCCAAAGCAGAAUAAUGAACUACAAGAUAUCAGUUUUAAUUAUGUCCCAGGAGAAGAUUCAGCUGAUGUUUUAGCACGUGAACUAGUCCAAGCCGAUUUACUGGAUGGUUGUGAUUCAUUAUUGGUUGCACAUCACAUGAGUGAAUUGGUCAGUAAUCCAAGUGAACGUGAACGUAUUUUACCAUUAAAUUCUCAACCAGCUGCUGGUCAAGUUCCAAUUGAAUCCGAAUUACAUGGUUAUGCAAAAGUACUUAUUCGAGUAAUUAGUACACCCACAACAACAUGAAAACUAUUAUUAUUACACAGAAUAAUGAUGAUUACUAAACAAUCGGCAUUUUACAAGUUUAUUCAUAGAAAUGAUCUGUCUGUUUAUGUAUUCCUUUUCCAAAUGAUGAAUAUCUCCCAUACUACUACUACUACUACUAAUAGUACAAAAAACUGUUCUGUUACUCGCUAUAUUAUUUCGUGUGUGUGUGUGUGUUCCACACUACACACUAAUAAAAAGAUUUCAGAGAAAUAAAAAGCCAUGUUUUCUUUUGUUACAGUCCUUCUCAUUCUUUUGUUUCCAAUUCACUUCCUAAACAUCGCUCUUUACCCUUCUCUCUUACUACUCAUAAUAAUAAUAAUAAUAAUCAUUAUUAUUAUUAUUAUUAUUAU